GAAAAUGUCGUGUGAAAUUUGCACAUCGUUGAAGAAGACUGAUUUUUUGUAAUCACUGCCUGAACAAAAAUAGUGGAGAAAACGUAAAGUUCGAGUGAGGAUGGAGCAGGAGACGGGGACGCAAUCUGCGUCGAGUAUAAGUAAAGGGUUACUGAUGGCGCCGGCGAUGGCCGGUUAUUCGAGUCUGGUGAAGCAGCACAAGAGGGCCGGAUCUACGGGGACGACGGGCGAUGAAUCGUACACGACCGACGAGGAGGAAAACGCCGAAACUGAUGAGCCUGAUUGUUCCAUUAAAGAGCACGUUACCAGCAAGCUAUUCAAUAGGACUACGACCUUCGGGUCUUUCUCGGACAUCACCACCAUCACGGAUAAGGUUGGAAAUGGGCACAUGCACAGGAACAGCUCGGAUAGUUCUGUGUACAGCGAUUUGGGAUUGGACAAGUGCGACGACAUCGAAUUCCUACAAAAAGCCGGAGAGAAAAACGACUCGGGAGAUUGGGGAAGGAGCGUGGUGGAGCUGAAGGAGCAGGCUUUCACGAGACUGCAGAACGAACUCAAAGACGCGCAUCAGGAGUUGAAACUCAAAGAUGAAGAAGUGGUCCGUCUGACGCGAAUCCGUGAAGAGGUCGAAACCGAGCUCGAAGAUCUCACAGCAAGUCUCUUCCAGGAAGCCCAUAAUAUGGUCAGGGAAGCGAACGUGAAGCAGGCCGCUGCGGAGAAGGCUCUCAACGAGAGCCAGAUGAAGGUGGAGGUGCUGUCGGCGGAAGUGGCCGCCCUUAAGACCCUCGUGCUGACCUCCACCCCGAGCAUGCCGAACCCUCAUUUGCACCCCCAAAUUGGAAAGGAGGACGGUGUGCCGUUUUUUACGAGGAAACACCGCCGAUGCCCUUCCCACUUCAAUUUGAAAUACGGCCGUGAAAACUCCCCGCCCGACUCGCCUGUGAAAGAGAUCAACUCCAUACUCACCGCCCAACCGGAGAUCCAAAACAAGGAUGGUCUCGAGGUCGAUCCGAACGUGCACGACGAGUUCCUCCUGUGGAAACAAGCUCCGACAUUAACGAAAUCGGAUCCGUUCAUCCAGCGCGUUUAUUCGGAAGACAUCAAUCUCUGUUUGGAGUUUCCAAACUCGCAGCUGGCGCAGAAGGUGCUGGUCGCCAUCGAAUCCGGCUGUAUUUUCAUCGAAGCCGUCAGCGACAAAACGAAAACCGUCUUCCCCAAGAAAUGUGCGCUUCUAGAGGUACCGCGACAAUGCUUCUAUCGGAUGAAUACAGGAGAGGAAGAGGUCUGGCAUUCGAUUUCGAAAAUCUGCCGGAAUAGAAUAAUUGCAGUCUGUGAUUUUUUGAAUUAUCUAAAAUACAUUGAAAUGGGACUCGUCAAGAGUUCAGCUCAUGAUAUUUAUUGGGAGAUAGCAAGGCUCAGGAAGGAGAUGGUGCUGGCACGACUUGGUCUGAGCGUAAGCUCUUGACACUACUGAUACGAAAGUAGACAAAGUAAAGCUAAUCAUGAAGAAAGAAAGAACUAAGAAAAAAUAAAUACCUUAAGGAAAUGAAACUCGUCGCCAACGAAUGCUAACUAAUUAAUACAAGAACCUCUUUACUCAUUUUGUAACGAAUUUUUGGGAACUUCGCUUUUGUGGAAGUCGAACAUAUAUACAUAUAUAUAUAUAUAUUUAAUAGGAGAGAUGACGAAAAAUUGAGGAACCUGUGCCAACGUGUUUAUAAUAAUUAUUUUUUUAUUGAUUUUGUUUUCGUGUGUAAAUAUUCGAUUCCUGUGUAUAUUAUUACUUUCUCAAUCUAUGUUUGUUCCGUUUGAUGUAAGAUAAAUUAAAAGUGAGUUCUUUAUAA